GGGUCUCCGCCGCCGGAGGGCGUGCGGUGCGGCUCGUGCGCCACUCCCGUGAGGCUCCGCGGCGGGGCGGCAUUUAAACCCGCGGCGGCCGUUGGGACUGCGUCACUGCUCCUUCCUUCCCAGCUGCUGGCGGGUCUGCAUCGUGCUGGUGGCGGCGACGGGAUGAGGUCCCAGGGGAACAGGUCGGUAUCGGGCAGCCCCGCCGUGGCCGUGGAGUUCCCAGGAGCCGUGUGCCGGGGCAGCGGCUACCGUUUCGCCUGCGAGCUCCUGAAGCACGUCCUGCACCAGCGGAACCAGCUCCCGCUGCCCUACGAGCAGCUCGCCUACUUCUGCCGGCGGGCGGCCCAGGAUGGAGAUGGAAUUGAGAAGCCACUCUCCCUGGGUCUGGCAAGCAAAAAGUGCCAGCAGGUGCUGAUGGAGCUGGAGGGUUUGUUCCAGCACCUGGAGGUCAUGUUUAGUCUGACACUGGUUCCUCGGGUUCUUUUCCUACUUGGAGGCAAUGUCAUGAACCCCAAGGAGCUCUAUGAGCUGAACUUGGAAGGGUUCUGUGAGGGCACUGCUGAGGAGAGCCUCCAGACUGCGCCCUGUGUUCGCCAGCUCUUUCACCGCCUGUUUGUUGCUGAUGUCUUCAGUGAACUUAAGGCUCUCCCUGUCACAGGCACCCUUGUCCUGGUCCAGGGACACCGUGACUGUGGUGUUGAAUGGUUCCGGCCCAAGCUCAACUACCAAGUUCCAGCCCGAGGGAGGAAGCUGACUGUUACGUUGUCCUGUGAUGGAGACCUCCACCUUAGUGCCUCACCUCCACAGCACACAGCACCCACCUGGGAGGACUAUGUCUGGUUCCAAGCACCAGUGACCCUCAAAGGAUUUAGUGAAUGAAUGGUUUCUGUAAAAAUUUAACUGGAAUAUUGAUUACUUUUUUUUUCUUCAAGUGUUAAUAAUUUCAGCAAAUGUAACCAUGUAUUUUUGAA